AUUAAACGAUCUUAGAUUAGAGAGUCGAACUCACUCCCAACACCCUUAAAGAAUGCAAGAGAAGUUAUUGCCAAAUAGGUUGCUGACUUCUUCUUUUGCUUUUUCUUCUUGAAAUAGACUUUUGUCCCAAUCUCUAAAGCUUACCAAUUCCCAUUUUCUCUUCCCCUCUCCAUACUCUCACACACAAUAAAUAGAAGCCAUCUAAGAUUGCUAAAUAUACAUCGAAAAAAAUGUUGUUCUUUAGACUACUUGUUGCUUCGGUUACCAUCUUUUGCUUCACAAGUUUAGUUCUUGAAGCUGCUGAAUUGCCAAAUGAUGAAGUGGAAGGUCUUCGUGAAAUAGGGAAGACACUAGGGAAGAAAGACUGGAACAUUAACGUUGAUUCAUGCUCCAACAAAUCAGGAUGGGGGAAACCAGAAUCCAUACAAGAUAAUAACAUAACUUGUGAUUGUGGCACCAUCUGCCAUGUUACGUUCAUAUCUCUAAAGUCCCAAAAUCUCCAAGGUAUGCUUCCAACAGAUUUGAGCAAGUUGCCCUACCUCAAGAAUAUUGACCUUACUCGAAACUACCUUAACGGUACAAUACCUUCAACAUGGGGCUCCACACAACUCGAAGUAAUCUCUCUUCUGGGAAACAGAUUGACAGGACCAAUUCCAAAAGAACUUGGAAACAUCAGUACUCUGAUAGAAUUUGUGGUUGAAUCCAAUCAACUUUCAGGAGAACUGCCUCAAGAGCUUGGAAAUUUAAACAACAUUAGAAGGAUGCUGCUCAGCUCCAAUAAUUUUAGUGGGCAGUUGCCUGAAACAUUUGCAAGCCUCACCACAUUGGACGACUUUCGAAUCGGAGAUAACCAGUUCACAGGCCAGAUCCCCAGCCUUAUUCAGAAUUGGACUAAUAUUACAAGAUUAGUGAUUCAGGCUAGUGGCUUAAGUGGGCCAAUCCCAACCGGCAUAAGUCUUUUGACAAAGAUGAUUGACUUGAGAAUUAGUGACUUGAGUAAUGGAACUGAAAUAUCAUUUCCACCUUUGAAUGAUUUGAAAAACCUGAAGAUACUGAUAUUAAGGAGUUGCAAUAUUGGUGGACAACUACCUCCAUAUCUUGGACAAUUUACCAAAUUGAGCUCCACCUUAGACCUCAGUUUUAACAAACUAACUGGACCAAUCCCAAGCAGCUUUUCCAGUUUAUCAAAGACAGAUUUCAUAUACUUUAACUGGGGAAUGAUGCCUGAGUGA